AGAGGCCACGCUGAAGCCGGAGCUGACUUUGCGUGCUGCCUGCCUGAACUCAUCCCCUUGCCAUGGGUUCGCUUGGACAGGUCAUUUUCUGGAGGAACUAGGAGUCUGCAAGACCACAUUCCUUUUUGAGGAUACAACUUUCCCAUCCAGUGAGGUUCUUUGGAAGCAGCCUCAUAAAUCAAUCCAACUAUGGCAUCAUGGGAAGACAGCAUUAUUAGCAUCAUUAUAAUUCUGGCAGGAGCGAUUGCCCUCAUCAUCGGCUUCGGCAUUUCAGGGAGACACUCCAUCACUGUCACUACUCUGACCUCAGCGGGGAACAUUGGCGAGGAUGGGAUUCUGAGCUGUACUUUUGAACCUGAAAUCAAGCUCAGUGACAUCGUGAUACAAUGGCUGAAGGAAGGUGUCAUAGGCUUGGUCCAUGAGUUCAAGGAGGGCAAGGAUGAUCUAUCCGAUCAAAAUGACAUGUUUAAGGGCCGAACGGCAGUGUUUGCAGAUCAAGUGAUAGUUGGCAAUGCUUCUCUAAAGUUGAAAAAUGUACAGUUAACAGAUGCUGGCACCUACAAAUGCUACAUUAUCACCUCAAAGGGCAAGGGAAAUGCCAAACUGGAGUAUAAAACUGGAGCCUUCAGCAUCCCAGAGGUGAAUGUGGACUACAAUGCCAGUUCAGAAAGUCUGCGCUGUGAGGCUCCCCGAUGGUUCCCACAACCCACUGUGGCCUGGGCCUCUCAGGUUGACCAAGGAGCCAACUUUUCUGAAGUUUCCAAUACCAGCUUUGAGCUGAAUUCUGAGAAUGUGACCAUGAAGGUGGUGUCUGUGCUCUACAAUGUCACUGUCAACAACACAUACUCUUGCAUGAUUGAGAAUGACAUUGCCAAGGCCACAGGGGAUAUCAAAGUGACAGAUUCUGAGAUUAAAAAAAGGGGCCACCUGCAGCUGCUGAAUUCUGAAGCUGCCUUGCUAGGUUCAACUUUCUGUGUCCUUAGUUGGGUACUUCUACCCCUUGCCCCUCACCUGAUGCUCUUCUAGGUUCUUUGGGACAUACAGAAACAUACACAGCCAUUGACAUAACAGAGUCCUCAAACCUCCUGGACUGUUUGAAGAUAUUCUUAUUUUUUGACAUGCUGCUUCUUUUUCUAGACAUACCUUCAGUUUUGGAAGUCUGGACUGAAUGAACAAGAUCAAGAAGCAAAAAAGAAAUAAAGACCAACCCAUAAAACACCCUAUCUAGACAAUUAGCCCAUCUUCCUAGAAGCAGGUUUAUAACUUGGAUAAUGAUUCAUCUGAAAUAAAGAACCAUCUCAAUUCCUUUCCAUGAAUGCAUCUGGAUACAAUGGACAUCCUGCCCACAUUUAUCCCUCCUCCUUUCCACAUCAGGAACAGAUCUUCCCAUUCUAAUGAUGCUUUAAAUUUCACUCCCAAUGUCCAGUAUUAUAUGUACCCCGGGAUUCCUGAUUGGCCUAUGAUGUAGCACAGCUACAUAGCCCCAGCCUCAAGGGAGCUGCAUUUCAAUGAUAGAUCAAAUAAUUUCUAGUCCAGGGUGCUUUGUUUUGUUAUUAUCUUCCUCCUAUUUGUUGAACAUCAUUGAAAUUUAAGAUCUUUUUAUUAGUUAAGUUCAGAGAAUUAUUUAGGUGCUUCCCCCCCCCCCCAAUCCUUAGGAUCCCAGGAUUUAGAGCUGGAAGAAACACUAGAAAUCAAAUAGUUUGACUCCCUCAUUUUAUAGAUGAGGAAACAAAAGCCCAGAAGCUGAGUCACUUGCCUGAGAACACCCAAGGAAUAAGCCACAGAAUUGAGCCUGAAGCCCAGGUCUCUGUCUAGCACUCUAGUUAUUUUUUUUUUUUAUUAUGAUACCAAUGCUGUAUUCUGCUUCAUUCUGCUGUUUCCUUUAACUCAACUUUUCUGCUAUAAAGAAACUCAUCUCUUAAUGGUCCAGAGAAGACAUUGGCUGUGUUUGAUGAAGAGAUUCUUAAGAUGUUUUGCCUUGUGAGAAGUUCUCAGCAGCACUCAGAGGAGAAAAGUCCUAGGAAAGAAGAGAAGAAACAAAGUUCCUUGAGGGAUGGACAGACCACAAGCUUGCUGUGUAUAUGGUCAACAUAGGCAACUUGCCCAGACCUACAUGUUUGGAGAUAGCACGAGUGACCAGUAUUAAGACACAGACAAUGAGAAAGCCCUGGCCUUGUUACAUCCUACUCUGACUGAUUAAAUUCCUCAUGUCCUCCCUACCUUUUAUUAUAAAUCAAGACUCUACCUUAUGAAAGAGCAACUGAGGAAAGACAAUUUGCCUUCACCUCCUAAUUUUAUGCAUCGAAUCAUGCUUGGCAGAUAGUGCAAUGAAAGGCAACUCAAAUGUGCCAUCCUAACAAGCCUCAAUCCUGACAGAGGGAUCAGGCAGGAAGCACUCAAGGCCAGGACCUGAGGGUGAAGAACUGAGCCCAAAGGAAUAUUUCUGCUCAAAUUCCCUUUGUCUUUUACUCUGUGUUUUGAGUGUACCAAGACUCAUCACUUCUCCACUGGAGGUCAGGGUUCAAGACUCUAUUUUGGUUCUAUUGUAGGAAACUUGACUUCCAUAUUUCUGUGAGUUGUUAAAUUAACAAUUCCUAUGCCCAUUCUCUGCCUGCUGGGCCAGAGAAACUCAGGGGCUGAACAAGUGGAGCCAAAGGGGAGCUCUGAGGUGGCUUUGCGCGCUUAUGGUCCUGGGACUAUGAGAAACUGCCUGGCUUCCAGAGGAUCACGGGUUUAAGCAGCAACACCAGGGAAGCAAAAGGGAGGGGAGCAGGGGCGGGGAGGGGCUAAACAAUGAGGUCCCAGUUAAUCUGAUCCUGGGGGUGGGGAAGAACUCUGGACACAUUGAUGUCAUCCACAAGAAAACUCUCAACAUCGAAACUCUCUUCCAGGUCACAGAUCAUCAAUUCUCUUGUAAUUUAUAGACAGUGUGCCUUAGGCACUGGGAGGUUAAGUAAUUUCACCUGGGCCACACAGCUCAGUGCCAGAGGCAGUCCUUGAACCCAAGGCUUCUGGGUUCCAAAGCCUUUGUAUAUUAUGCCAUACUAGCUCUAUAAGUCUUAUUUGUGAAGAGUCAUAGACUGUUAGCAUCAGACCGAGUCUAGAACUUGGAAGGGAUCCCAUAUGCCAACUAAUCUUGAACAAGAAUUCUUGCUUUACCACUACUUAAAAAGUCACUUGGCCUCGUCAGGCUCAAUGAAGACUUCCUGAAAAUGAAGAAAAAUGCCCAGAGAGAGUUAAUGACUUGUCCAAGGCUGCGCAGGGAAUCAGGAGCAGAGGGCAGAGAUUUUAACCUUGUAGAGUUUGUUUGCAGCGCGUCUGGGAGGGGCAGGGCACAAAGAGCUUGCUACUAUUUCUUCGGACUGCUGCCCAACACAGCUUGAUGCCAGGCGAGGGCUUUGCCACAUGUGAGAAAUCAAACUGUGAAAAGAUUCAGGUUCUCCUCUAACAAUUCUACACUAUCCCCAUCAACGCUUAGGUACUGACCAUACUCUGGUGACACUUACAUGUCAUACAAGUUGAAGUAAAUGCAAAGAAUGAGGCAAAGGACAACCCUGUGAAAACCUGAGAAAAAACCAACUCGGAUGCCCAAGUGUACACUCCCUUUGCAAGUAUUAAAAGGACAAGGGAACAAACCAGUCAAACCUCCAGGUGAACUGUGAGCCCCAGGCUACCCUUGGGUUACUUGGAGCAGGUCUGUGCCUUGUGCCUGGGUGGGGUGGGGCCUUCUUUGUCUGAGGGGGUGACUGCACUUUGGAAUGUGUGCUGUGCUUUUGGCAUAAUCAUGAACUUUGCAUUCCCAGGCUCCCUCUGGCUGGUUAAGGCGGGGAUUCAGUCAUCACCCAACAAGACUGACUUUUCUGUCUCUGGUGGUGGUUACUUUCUCUUUGGAAUUGGUCUUGGUUUGUAUUUUUCAUAUAAAGAACUGGAAUCUCCUAACAGAGCAGUGACUGGGAAAUUCAAAGAGAAUCCCAGAGAAAGGGGCUGGCCUCUCCCUCCAUUCUAAAGACUACCUUUGCUUCCCCCAUCAGGCCCAAAAGCCCCUCUCCUCUCUAUUUUUUGCCCAUUCUUCAAAGUUUUGCUCAGUUUAGGGACACUGUUGGAAAAAUGCUAUCUGUUCUGCCGUUCAGUUUCUCUGCGACCAAGCAGCAAGUCAUUUCCUCUUAGUUUCCUCAACUGUAAAAUAUAGGGAUCAGACUAGAUGACCUUGAAGGUAUCCUUUCCAUCUCUGUCUUUUGAAGUAUCUCUUCCUCUGUGAAGUUUCCUCCAACUUAUACGGCUCUUAUUCAUCUUCACCCCCCCCCAAAUUCCUAUUAAAGUUGUCUAUUCUAAACAAUUUAAAA